AGUCACCCCUGGGAAACAGUAACAACAGCUGCCAUGCAGAAAUACCCAAAUCCUAUGAACCCCAGCGUGGUUGGAGUUGACGUUCUGGACAGACACGUAGACCCUAGUGGGAAGUUGCACAGCCACAGACUGCUCAGUACCGAAUGGGGCAUACCCUCUAUUGUGAAAUCGCUCAUUGGCACAUGUAGAACAAGGACGUAUGUUCAGGAGCACUCUGUUGUUGACCCAGUGAAAAAAACAAUGGAACUUAAAUCCAGUAAUAUUUCAUUUACAAACCUAGUGUCAGUAGAUGAGAGGCUUGUCUAUAAACCACACCCUCACGAACCACAUAAAACCGUUUUGACACAAGAAGCAAUAAUAUCUGUGAAAGGUGUCAGCCUUAGUAGUUACCUAGAAGGGUUAAUGGCAAACACAAUCUCUUCCAAUGCUAAUAAAGGCCGUGAAGCGUUGGAAUGGGUAAUUAAUAAACUGAACGCUGAAAUUGAGGAGUUCACCGCUUCAGAGAGGAACCAUGAGGAAUUCCAUGGCAGCAGCGGCAUUUGUAGAGAAAUGAUAGUAAAUAUACCUAUAUUACUAACAAGGUUUAACAGUCUAAAGCUUCUCUCCAAACCUCAGUAUACCUAUUUGUUCUUUAAAGGCAUAUCUGUGAAUUAGGUAUGUUUCAAAUUACAUUUGGAGAAGAGCUCAUCUCUUACUAAUGAGGCUGAUGUGCAAAGCUUAAUUAAUAUAUUGGUUCUGCUGGACCGAACUUUGGUUACAGAUGAAGAAAUAAUUUUCAAGUGUAGUUCCUGUAUUUACAUGAACGCUAACUUAUGUUUUCAAAUAUGGAAGUCUCUUAGAGCUGAGGCUGCAUAUGUUGGAGGAGACUGGCAUGUUAGGUUGACUUCAGUGGAAUUUUUAUUUUUGUGUGAUUCAAGGACUACCUCUUUUGGGACCAAGCCCCAAACUAAGCAGAAUGGUUUGUUCUAGCAUUGUUCUGUUUGUUAAUUUUUGAUAAGUUGUGUGACACAACUUGGUUUAGCAGAAAGUUUAUUACUUGAAGCUUGAAAUACAAAAGAAUGUACAAAAUAUUUUUUUGAUAAACUUUUUAACUCUUGUUUGACUGGUUGAUCUAACAUGGUACUCAAACUGUUUUUUUUUUUUUUCAGUCAGUAUAGGUAAAACAUGCAAAAUGUCUCUAACCUUCUAAGGCCUAAAUUCUGUUCCUAAAUAUGACAUUGAUGAGCUGUGCAUGCAGUAACUGAAGGUAGAAUUUUAUCUGAAACUUAUAGGAUAUGUAUCUCCAUUUCUAACAUCCCAUUAAAUAAAGGGAUGCGCUAAGCAUAGAACAUUGAUAUCUUGCAAGCUGGUAGGGCUUCUAAGAAAAGUAGGUGAAAUAUAGAAGAAACACUUAAAGGACAAAAACAUCUCAGUGGCUAAAGAGAUACUUAAAUGUAAGAGGAAGCAGUUUUUAAAAUGUUAACGAUACAUCUAUUAAAUUGAUCAUGCUCUGAAAAUAACCAGUUACAUCAACUGAAAAUUGUGUUGUCCUUUAAUUUAAACGUAGUACCUUGAAUAGAACAUCCUGUUCUAAUUCAAGUUUCAGAAAUUCCUUUAUCUUUUAAAUUAAUUUGCUCACAAAACAAGUCUCUUGAAAUGAAAGCCUUGAGAAUAAAAAGCUUCAUAUGUUUUGAAUUUGUUUCUUGGUACUAGCUAUAGCUUAUUGGUACGGUCUCCAGUAAUUAGCUGUGGGAACUUAAAGGUUAGACUUUGCCAUCCUUAUUUCAUAUUCUGUCACUCCAUUGGUAGUCGUGUUGACUUCAGUAGAGGCUUUCUGUCGCAUAAGACUCCUUCAUUGUGAAAGUAAAAUGGAAAAACACAGCCCUGAAUUAACCAAUGAUCUUGUGUUUUGGUGCCAGAGGCUCUUCCUGGAAUUUUGAUUCUAAGCUUACAAGUAAUCUUAAGUCUAAUUCUUAGCCUUUAAGAAUUGUAAUGUCGCCUGUUAUACCAUAUUUUACGUUGCAUGCUAUUUCUGUUAUAUCAGAGUUGCCUGUAGACUAGUGUCUGCUAAAUAGAGCACCAGAGCUUGUUUUAAGUGGUAAAUAUAAGGGAACACAAUCUUCCACAAAACUUUUUGUGGAGGGAAAAAAAAAACAGGUAUAUAUUUGUAUACCUUUUAAAAAUUUAACUAUUUUAAAUAUUUUUCUAAAAAGAAAGUUUGAGACUUUACCUUUGUAAAUUGAAAUCAUUGAGGUUUAACAUACUUUUACAUAUUAUUACAACUGCAGUAGCAUUUCAACUUACAAAAUGUAUGUGAAACUUCCGUGAAACUGUACCAUCACUUCUGUUAAAAAGAGACGCGAUGCUUGAAACCAUUUUUUAACGUUUGUUUAGCCUUAAACAUCAUGUAGUUCUGGACAUUUUCUAGCCAACUUGAUCUUUUUCCUAGUUUUUCUGCACUAAGGACUGCAUAGUAUGAACUCACUGUUUGACCUUGCACUGAAAAAAAAAUUACAUUAUUUAAUUUUUGCAAGCAUUCAACAGCUUCUUGAAAGACAAUGAUUUUCUUUGUUCUAUUUUAUUUUUAUGGCUGCAUUCUCAUUCUGUCAGGGAGUAUGGCUUUCUGUAUGUGGUGCUUUUUAAAUAAAAUUUUAUCUGAGCUCCGGCUAGUUCCUAAAACUUCCUGAUGAAUUUGUGGGGGUUUUUAACUGCUGGAUGAGUAACACAGAAUGAGGAGGGUGAAGGUGAAGCAAUGCUGUGGCUUUUGAUAUUUUUUAUUUUUUAUUCAAAUCCUAUCCUAAAAUGCAUAUUUUCAGUGGUAAUAAACCCCUUUGCA